AUGUACUUUGGUAUCAUGUCGGAAACUGAAAGAGAAAUGAGUAGCCGAGAACGGUUUUUUAAGAAGCUUAUGGAAUCGGUAGAAGGAAAAAAAGACAAUUAUUAUAAUAUCAUUACUAAAGAUGCUUAUGAUUCGCUUUUAAAAGGGGUCGAGGAUACAUUCACGAACAUCGAUUUUGCUCAAACUUCUUUUAAGUCUUCUACAAAGUCUUCUCCAAAUUCUUCUCCUAAGUCUUCUUCAAAGUUUUCCCCUAGUUCUUCUUCAAAGUCUUCUUCUAAGUCUUCUUCAAAGUCUUCUCCUAAGUCUUCUUCAAAGUCUUCUCCUAAGUCUUCUUCAAAGUCUUAUCCUAAGUCUUCUUCAAAGUCUUAUCCUAAGUCUUCUUCAAAGUCUUCUCCUAGUUCUUCUUCAAAGUCUUGUCCUAAGUAA